AUGUUACUCUUGCAUAAGCUUACCUUGAAUUUUUUUCCUGCUCUUCAGAUAACAUGUGAGUUUGUUGCUUUGACGAAAUGGAAGUCAGCGAUCUGUGGUGAGUACAUGAGGUCAAGAUUCAAGACAUGUUCACAUGGAGUUGCUUGUAAUUUCAUUCAUUGCUUUCGUAACCCUGGUGGAGAUUAUGAGUGGGCUGAUUGGGACAAUCCUCCACCUAUAUACUGGACUCGGAAGAUGGUUGCUCUGUUUGGUCCCUCAUAUGAUGCUGUUUUUGACAAGGCGAGUGAUACCCCAUAUUUUGAACGGUUACACAGUUCAGAUAGGAAGAGACUGAGAAGUUCUGAUGACAGGUAUAUUUCAAGUAGACAUGGGGAUGGAGAUGCACAUAAACGACACUCAUCAAGAGUUUUUUCACAUUCGAAGCAAGAGCAGAGCAACCAUAUCAUGAAAUAUGGGCAUACUCGACAUAGAAGAGAACCAUCUGCAACAAAUGAGCAACGAGGUCAAGAGAUUGAAGAUGAUAUUGGCAGAUACUGUUCGCCCAUGGAAAAUGAAAGAGUGUCCCAAGCACAUAAGCAUGAAGAGAAACAUAGAGAUGGCCAUGGCGAUGUAGCACGUGGAUACAAUGGUAAAAUCAAGUCCAGGAAGCACAGAUCUGAACAGCAUGAAAGUCUGGAGUCUGGAUGUUCUGAUUGGCCUUCAGAAUUUGCUGAUGCUGGCACGAGAAGAAGUCCUUCAGGCAGCAAGUCCACCAAUAGGUACAAUAAUCACAAAAGGAGCCGGAGGCAAUCCUCGGAUGUUCCCUAUCUUGAAAGGGGCUACUCCGCUGCGGACAAAUCAUCAGGGAAAGCGCACAUUGCCAAAAGUAGCUCGAGACAUUAUGUUGAAGAUGCCUCUUAUGGUGAGAAAGGUAGUAGAAGAGGCAAAUCUGGAAAGCACAGUGAUCAUUGUGAUGACCCUGAUGAUAGAUGGCUAGCAACAAAUAGUGAUGUUGAUUCAGAUGCAGAAGCUCAAUUCCCGAGGUCAAGCAGUGGAGUUGGUAAAGGUGGAAGGAAUGAUAAUGCUACUCCAGAUGAGGAUGAUCGUUAUCAAAGGUCCAGCAGCAGGUCUGCUAGGUCAAGAGCAAAGGAUGACAAGAUGUUGGAAAUAUGA